AUGGCCCUGGGAGAAGAAAAGGCAGAGGGGGAGGCAUCCUCAGACAAGAAGGCCCCUUCCUGUGGGAGCUGGAGCCGCAGGGAGCAGGAGCUGAGCCCCGCAGGGCCUGUGCUCGGGGAGCAGCCGCCACGCCUGGAAGCUGAGGGAGGACCCGCCUCCCCUGUUGGGGGCACCGAGGGGCUCCCCAGCCCUACCUGCUAUGGUGGGGUUGGCCCUGGCUUCUCCAGAACCUGCCAGCCACUGGCCAAUGGGGCCAGCAGGGAGCCAGCAGCCGGUGGGUCUAAGCCCGCUCUCAGUUGCAUGACUCCUCCUGCCAGCCUGGAGACUGGAGAUCUGCCCUCUGCGGGAAGCCAGGUGGAGGAGACCAGGCUUCCUGCCCCAGAGGUGGAGGCGCCAUCUCGGACUCGCGCCAUUCCCAGAGCUGCCGCUCUUUGCUCGGGAGACGAUGCUGACGCCGAAGACGACCCGUCCCCUGUGGAGUCGCCGCAGGUGCCAGAGCUCUGCCCACAGUCUCCCAUCCCAGACUUGCCAUGCCCGUCGAGGUGGAGGUCAGCCGUGAGCCCGGGGAUGCCCGCGCCACUGUCUUCCAGCUGCAGCGUGUCGGCCUCCUCCCCUGGCAGCAGUCUCCAGGGUCACCAGGAAAAGGCGGAGCCUCGGGGUGGCUGCCUCGCCAAGGUUUCCUCCUGCCUGGAGCUGGCUGUCCCGCCGUCAGCCCCCUCAGCGGUAGGCCCUGGGCCUCGGCUCCAGUGGUCGCCGCAGCCCGUGUCCUCAGCGGGGGAUGCCCCCGGGCUGGGCAGGAGACGCCUCUCCUUCCAGGCCGAGUACUGGGCCUGUGUGCUGCCCGACGCCCUGCCUCCCUCCCCAGACCGCCGCUCCCCACUGUGGGACCCGAGCAAAGAGUACGAAGACCUGCUGGACUACACCUACCCGCUCAGGCCCGGGCCCCGGCUCCCGAAGCAGCUCGAGAGCCCCGUGCUGGCUGAGCCCGUCCUGCAGGACUCAGGCGUAGACCUCGAUAGCUUCUCCGUGUCCCCGGCCAGCACCCUCAGGUCACCCACUGACGUCUCCCACAGCUGCCCACCCGCCGAGGCUGCCCCCCUGCGGUUCUCUGGGCCCAGAGAGCCAAGCCUUAAGCGGGGGCCCUCUGGAGUACCCCAGAAGCAGGGUGGUGUGGGGUCAGCUUCUUGCAGCCCUUUUGCCUCUACCCCCAGAGCCCCAGGCGGUAGGGCCCCUCCUUGGGUGAGCAGAGAGCCCGCCCGGAGGAACCUGAGGGACUGGCCACCUGUGGGCAGGCACCUUGAGCUGGGCUCUCCACACCUGAGGACACGGCACAGAGGGUGGCCCUCACCCGGGCUGGAGAGGGAGAAGGGGGCCGGCCAGGGCCUCGGGCGCCUCGCCUGCACGGAGUCUGGAUGGAAACCACAAGAGGAGGUGGAAAGUGACGACGAGUAUCUGGCCCUACCCACUCGGCUGACACAGGUUUCUAGCUUGGUUUCGUAUCUGGGCUCCAUUCCCACCUCCGUGCCCCUGUCCACGGAUGCCGCUGGAGGGCAGAGCUCCCUGGAUGUGUCGGACAGUGAUGGGCCAGCUUCCCUCCCAUCAGACUCCAGCCAAAGCCAGCUUCCCUCCAGGGCUACCUUCAGAGGGUCCUGGAGCGCUGAGGACCAGAAGCACCAUUUGCUGCGCUCCUUCGCCCAUGCCAGGCGCUCUGCUGGGGAGGGCAGUCUGGUGAGCGGCCAGGCCCUGGGGGCCUCCUCUGGACCAGUGAGAACACGCGCCUCCUGGUCGGCAGUGUUGGAUCCAGAUGCUGAAGGGCAGCCUCCCAGGAAGGGUGGAGAGCAGGGACGAGAGUCACUCGUGCAGUGCGUGCAGACAUUUUGUUGUCAGCUGGAAGAGCUGAUCCACUGGCUGUAUAACGUUGCAGACACUACUGACCACCUCAUUGCACCCAGAUCCAGCCUUACGGGCCUCAAGUCUUCCCUGCAGCUUUACCGGCAAUUUAAGAAAGAUAUAGAUGAACACCAGUCCCUGACGGAGAGUGUCUUACAGAAAGGGGAGGUCCUGCUUCAGAGCCUGCUGGAUAAUACCCCAGUGUUGAAGGAUGUCCUGGGCAGGAUCUCUAGGCAGCCCAGCGCGCUGGAGAGCCACGCGGAUCGCCUGUACGACACCAUCUUGGCCUCCCUAGACACGCUGGCCGGCUGCACCCUCACUCCCAACAGCACGCCAACGGCGCAUAGGAGCGCCAGUGUGAAGGGUAUUAGCCUGGCAUCUUCUCUGGAAGAGAUGUAA